CUUCCGGGUCAGCUAGGCUCGUCUUCCGGUGUAAGGAAGCGCAUGAAUUUUGAUUCGAUUUGAAUUUUGGCUGUGUCUCCCGGGCUGGAUUCGGAGUCGACCGAGGUACCGUGACGUCAUCAUGGUGAAGUGCGUCGUCACCGGGUGCCCGAACCGCCAGCAGAGCGGAACCAGAACGACGUUUAGCCGAACAACCAAGAGGUUCUUCAAGUUCCCCGAAGACCCGGCGAGAGUGAAGGUCUGGCUGGCUGCCCUGAGGGAGACGGACAGGCAGGACUGGGACCAGCACCAGCAGCAGCAGCAACUCAUCUGUGAGGACCACUUCCUGCCUGAGGACCUCUCUGCCAGUGGGGUCAAUGACGACGCCAUCCCACUCAUGCCACCGGACCUGGACGGGGCACUGGGCCUGUCGGGGUCCUGGAACGCUGACUCGUCUGACGGGGAGGACCACUGGGACGUGGGGGACCAGGAUGAAGAAGAAGAGCCCGCCACCAUAGAGCCCACCACCGCUGACGAGAGUCUGCAGGAGGGUUCCGAGGGGACGUGGCAGACUUCGGCAGCCCAGGCAGCCGGAGAGGAGGCGGAGCCAUGCGGACAGAGUGGGGCCCGGGGACCCGGCACAGCUGGGCUGCUGAUCUCAGCUGCAGGAGCUGACCUAGGCCCUCUAGCCCUGCGGGUCCUGGAGCUGCUCCUCUCCUCACCCGACCGCACCCUGGACCUUCGGCAGGCGGCACUGGACCUCCACGCCGGCAGGCGGCAGGUCUGCGACGUCGUGGACGUCCUGGAAGGCGUCAGGCUGGUGGACCGGACCAAACACACAGUGCGCUGGAUAAGCCCAGGUCCUGUGUCCGGCUUCCUGUGGAAGAACCCCGAGGAGAUGGUCGGUCAGGUGCAGGAGCUCAAGAUGGUGGAGGAGACCCUGGACGGACUCAUCAAGACCUGCUCCUGGCAGCUCUUCCAGAUGACCGACGACCCGGGACACGCCUCCCUGGCCUACGUGACCCGCCGCGACCUGACCCGGCUGGGUGCCUUUCAGGACCAGACCCUCUUCCUGGUCAAAGCUCCAGAGGAGACCAAGUUGGAGGUGCCGGCCCCGACGGAGGACAGCAUUAAGAUCCACCUGAAGGGAGUCCGGGGCCCCAUUGUGGUCCUGACGUGUGAAGUCGUGAGCGAGGAGCAGAGCAGCGACUUCACUCCACUGGAGCAGAGUCGAGUGAGGACCAGGGCCCUGAGCACAGGUGGGCGUGGGCUUCUUUAUCCAACUUUGUGGGCACCAGUUCUUGACAACACACUCUCCUUGUGAGGACCGUAUGACAUUGUGGGGACCUUUGGCUGGUUCCCACGAGGGAAGGCUCAAUUUGAGGCUGAAGACUUCAAAAUUACUGGGCUCCAGUCCAGAGUCCUGGUUCAGGUGAGCCAUGUGAUCAAGGGGAGAAGCUGGGGAAAGGGUGAUGACCAGGAGAGGUCCCCACAAUGUGCCCACAAAGAUAGAAAAACUGUGUGCGCGCAUGCAUGAGCCGGACUCUUGUUCCUUCUGCACAGACAGCCAUCAGCCACUAGGUGGAGCCAUCACUCUUCCGCGGUCGUAGGGUCGCACCUCAGCCAAGUUUUACCAAAGCGGAUCCCAAAGUUCCUGGUCUCGGAACUGUCUGGACCGGCACCUGGUCUGGAGGACCGAUGUCCUCACAAGACUCUUUUUGGCAGAGAGAGACUUUGAACUGGACCGGGACUUCCUCAGGUCCUGGCUGUGGUGGGUUCUGACCUCUGCUGCAUAUCCAGGGGCCCACGGCGCCAAAGUACUGACGCGGGUCCAAAUUACGGGCCUGGCCGCGACGGGCCAGAGACUGGGCUGGGACCUGGAGCUGUCGGAGGCACCCGACCUCCUCCCUCCAUGUUUGCAUUAAAGAAGCCUCCACAGUGGUGAAUUGGCUCUGAACGCUUGUUUAUUUUAUAUCAAACAACAAACGAGGCGUCUCCGCCUCCGUCCUCUGAAGGUGUCGUGCCACGACUUGUGCUUGGAGAGAAAGGCUUUGUAACGAUAUCGUAGCGGCUCAAGUAGUUUGUUUCCACAACACUCAGUCACCUUGCUCCUGUCCCUUCUGACUCUCGGGGGAGUUGUCGCCCCCUGCUGGCGGCAGGGUGUGGCCUCGAUAUUGCUUCGCUGCAGCAGGAAUGCGCGAGUGUUCAACCGUUUUCCAGUUAGUUUGUCGACGUUCACUUCAAAGUCACGGACGAAAAUGGAUAAGGUGCUUCGUUGAUGCCCCGCCCCCACCCGGUUACCGCAGCAACAGAAAUGCUGACGUUCACGAGCCGCACUAGUUUGAACUUGUGCAAAUGUUGAACUUCAGUCCUGGUGACGUCACUGUCUCGAUUGUCUCUCGCUGAACUGAAGGAAACGACUGAAACGAUCAUUUCUGACGCGUCAGCAGCACCACCUGAAGGAAGGUGCGCGCAGGCGCAGAGCGCUGCUCGGUCCAGUUCAGCCCCCACCCCAGCCUGGAAAAGGCGUCCACAACGUGUUAAAAAAAAGAUUUUUUUUUAUCAAACAAUAAAUAGAAUCGCAAAUAUGUGCGACUUUGUAAAAAUAUGUUUUAGUGCAACAGUACAUGACGGAAGCUGUCCGUCUGGGGGAGGGGGGCAGGGGGUACCGCUGGCUUGUUUGGCGCCUCGUCCCUUU